UAAUCAUGUUUUUUAAUUAUUAUCAUUAUUAUUCUUAUUAUUACUAUUAUUGAAUGAACUUGAAUAAAUUUGAUCGUUCAUAGCUCCUCUCUUUUAGUAUACAGUGAUAAAGUGUAAUAGAAAUAGACAUAAAAAUAGAAGUAGAAAUAGAAAGAGAGAGAGAGAGAGAGAGAGAGAGAGAGAAAAGUGAUUUGUGAAUUGUUAUCAAAUUGAGAAUUAUAGUGAUAAAAAACAAGAUGAUGGUAACAAUGUCGAAGGGAAGAGAAGAUCGAUUCUUCUUCUGCAAUUAAUAAUUUAGAAGAUAGUAGUCUUUAUCGUGAAAGGAAGUGUAAUAUAUAUUACAAGAUAGAAGAAGAGAGGGCGAGAGUGUGAAGAGGAGUCAAGAGAGAAAUUCCAUCUAUCUUUGCGCAGAUAUUAACGCCAUAUUACGAGCAUCGAUGAGAAUCAAUCUUUCAGAGGUCAUCACGGAGGUCAACCGCAAUGAAGAGAUCGAUACGAGGGAAUAAUUAAAGAUGCCACACACGAAAGAGGGAGGAAUACUAUAUGAAAUACUAACAUUACAAAUUUAACAACAAUUAGAAAAGCAAAGAAACAAUAAAACUCGCAUACUCGAACGAUUUGUUGUCUUCUUCGAUGGCGAUCAAAAAGACGAAUAAUCAUCAAAUUAUGAUAUAACAUAAUUUAUAAAGAAAAAAAGAAAAGGAUAGAACAAGGGAAGCGAUAUAUAGAAAAGAAAAACAAUAGAAAUAAAAUAAAAAGAAAGGUCAUGGCGACACCACCGGACUCGCCGGGACCGGAAGAGGCUCUUUUCGAGUUCGAGAGUACGAGGGCGAGACAACAAACCACAAGACCGGUAGCCCUCGAGGAACUACUCAGACAGACCAAGUUCUCGAGGCAAGAGAUUCGUGUUAUGUAUCGAGGCUUCAAGCAGGAAUGCCCGGAAGGCUUGGUUCACGAGGACUCCUUCAAGGAUAUAUACGCAAAAUUCUUCCCACAUGGCAACUCCAGCCUCUACGCUCACUACGUAUUCAAGGCUUUCGACGUUAACUGUAACGGUGCCAUCAGCUUCAGGGAUCUUUUGGUAACCCUGUCGACCCUUUUGCGUGGUAGUAUUUAUGAAAAAUUAAGAUGGACCUUCAAAUUGUACGACAUCAAUGGGGAUGGUUGCAUCACAAGAGGCGAAUUAGGGGAAAUGGUUACGGCAGUACACGAACUAAUGGGUAGAAGACAUCAUGCUGAAGAAGAGAGAAAAGCUAGGGAACAAUUGGAUAGGGUUUUCAAGAAAUUAGAUCUUAAUCAGGAUGGCGUUAUAACUAUCGAGGAAUUCAUCGAGAGUUGUCUAAAGGAUGACGUGAUCACCAAGUCAUUAGCAAUAUUCGACAGUGCGCUUUGAUCUCCGGCAGAUGAGGAAAAGUCGGAGGAAAAGUCGGAGGA